AUGGCUGCUUUUUCUUGUUUACUCUGUUCCGAAAUUUAUGAUACAAAAAAAAAAUUACAGAACCAUGAACGAAAUAAACAUAAAAACAACAAAUUUAUUCCACACCGGCAUAUACUACAACAACCUUCUAAUGAAACUUUAUCAUUUUAUCAAGAUACAAUAAUAAUUCAUUUGAAAAAAAGUCUUGGAUUUAAUAGACGCUUAAUUGGAAAAAAAUAUAUAACAAUUGAUGCAUUUCCGGAGAGUGUUUUUUUAUUUUUAUUUGAAAAUGAAGAUAGGUUUAAAUAUAUACCAAGUCAAAGAAAGUAUUAUUGUACUUUGGAAGGUGCUACAGGUAGCGAAAAACUAAAAAGUAUAUUCAAAUAUAAUCAAAUUAUAUUUCGUGAAAAUGCAAGUACUUCAACUCGAGGAUAUAUUUUAUUUGAAGAUAAUGAUAGUCAAUACAAAGUAGUGUUUUGCUGGAAACAAAAAGAAUGGAAAGAAAAUAAUAGACUUUUUUUAACCAGAACUCUGUCAAUUAACUUUACUACUGAUUCUAGUGAAUUUGUGGAUGA